UAACAGAUUGCCGCUUCUCAUCCAUCUGGUUUCGGAAAUCGGGGCUUGAAGCCUUGAGCUUUGCUGGGCUUACUGUUUCUUAUUUUAUAAGUUUGCUUAUAACUGAAAUUGUUGUAAAAUGCGAUCGCUCUUCUCUUUCCAUUGUCUGCUCAAAGCUCUCAAUCCGGGUGGCUUUUUCUUCUUUUUCUGCGAUUCUCUGCUCAAAAUCCCCAUUAGCUAAUUGGGUUUCUAUCUUCCCUCUGAUUCGCCUGCUCACAACCCAAGUGGGUUUUCUGUUUCUCUCCGAUUCUCUGCUCAAAACCCGAAAAUCUAAUUUGGUUUCUCUGUUCUUCAAGUGGGUGUUCUUUGUCAAUCUCUGGAAUUCAAGCGACGAUGAAGCGAAGGCGGCGACAGCAGAAGACGAUGGAGAUGGGUAGUGAUGGAAGGACAUGGACGAGAGGAGCUACGAUCGGGAAAGGAAGUUUUGGCACGGUUUCUUUGGCCAAGACGACGGGACCCAACAAGCGCCGAAGCUACCUCCCGCCUUCAAUUGCAGUGAAAUGGACCGAGGUCUCUGAUUCGUAUUCUCUUCAGAAGGAGAAAGAGAUUCUUUCCAACUUCAGUGGAUGCCCUUACAUCCUUCAUUGCUUUGGGGAGGAGGUUACAGUUGAGAAUGGUCAGAUGAUCUACAAUGUGUUGUUGGAGUACGGCGCUGGCGGCAGCCUGGCCGAUCGGAUAAGAAAUUCGGCUGGUGGGUUACCUGAAUCCGAAGUCAAGCGAUAUACAAGGUCGAUUCUUCGUGGUCUCAGUUACAUUCACGCUCAAAGUUACGUCCACUGCGAUAUCAAACCUCAAAAUAUUCUUCUGGUACCCGCUUCUUCUCUAAUCAAGAAGAGGAGGAAGGGUGAGGACUAUGUUGCGAAGAUUGCCGACUUCGGAGUGGCGAAGAAGGUUCAACAGAAAUGGAAGAACGAGACUCCUUGCUGGAGAGGCACUCCUCUGUACAUGUCGCCGGAAUCAAUUGCGCAUAACUCACAGGAGCCUCCCUCUGAUAUUUGGGCUCUUGGGUGCGUCGUAUCUGAGAUGAUCAGUGGGAAGCCGGCAUGGAGUUGCAAGCCAGGUGAGACUAGAGAUGAUCUUCUACAGCGUAUAGGCUGGAGCCAUGAAUUACCCAGAAUACCGGGUGAUUUGUCGAAUGAGGGGAAAGAUUUUCUGAAGAGAUGUUUUGUGAGGACUACUAUGUUCAGGUGGACGGCGGAGAUGCUGCUGCAUCACCCCUUUGUUGCAUCAGAUGGUGAAGAUAUUGGAGAACUGGAGGGGAUUCUAUCUCUAUCUGCUCCGGCUGCAGCAGGGCUGGUCUGGUCCUUGUUGUCGUUGUCUGAAACUGGCAAUCGCAUUCAGAAACAGGAGAUAGGAACAAGAAUCAAAUUGUCCUGCUCUUCUAGUGAUUUGACUACCGUCGGGGGAGAGGAUCUGCAUAUUUCUUCGGGUUCAGAAGAGGUAGAUGAGAUGAAUGCUCCAACAUCAGGCAGCAGUAUAGAAUGCACGAAGCUGAUCAAAGUUACAAGCUCCACAAGUUCUAUUGAGGAUGGAACACUCGAGCAACUCUCACAGGCUUCAUUGGAUAUAAGGCAGAAACACUGGCAUGAAAUUAGCAACUAAAUCUGAUUCUUUCUUUCCAAUGCUUUCAGGAGUAUAGGAUUUAAUUGUAAGAAAUUGGAGGAACAAUGAUUUGUAGUCAAUUUUUAAUUAAUGAGUAGGUUGGUACAGAUGAGAAGGCUUUCUUGUCUAUGUUACAUCUGCAUCAGGUCAGGGUUCUGUAAUUUUCUCUUCAUACAUUGAUUUCCGAUAAUUUUUUAUUUGUAAAUAUUGCAGAAUUAUAGUGCUCCAUUUGUAGAAUUCUUACUUC